GUCCGUGCGUGCGGCGAUGCCCAAGUCCUGCCGGGCCCCGCACUGCUCCAACGCGGCGGGACAGGCCCGGCCGCCCGCCCGGCGCCUCAGCUUCUACAAGUUCCCGCUGCGGGACGCGGCGCGGCUGCGGCAAUGGCUGGCGCAGAUGCGGCGGGAGAACUGGGUGCCCACGCGGCACCAGCACCUCUGCAGCGACCACUUCGAGCCCUCCUGCUUCCAGUACCGCUGGGGGGUCCGCUACCUGCGCCCCGACGCCGUCCCCACCAUCUUCCCCCUCGGCCCCACGAAACAGGAAAAUCCCAGCACCCAGCCUGAGCAGCCCCUCCCGGCGAGCGUCCCUGAGCCGGUGACACCGGGGGGGCCACCCGUCCCCAAAACCCCCGAGGUCCCCGCGCCGGAUCCCACCGCGCUGCCAGCGCCGCCCCCCUCCCCCGCGGUGACCGUCCUCUCCUCCGCCCUGCGGCCGCCCGUCGUCUCCACCGUCCCCAUCGUGUCGCGGGGGGCCGCGGGGACGCCCCCUCCUCCUCCGGGGGAGCUGAGCACCGAGGAGCUCGUGGCGGUGGCGCUGGUGCUGCAGAGGAAGGUGAAGGUGCUGCAGCAGCGGCAGAGGAGGCACCGGGCCCGGCUGGAGGCCAUGGAGGAGCUGGUGGAGCAGCUGCGCCGAGAGAGCCUGCUCUCCGAGGAGAGGUUCCACCUGGCCUGCCUGGAAGAUCCAGACCUGGUGACACCACAUCCCCCCGGCACCGUCACCAUCAUCUGCCGGGAGGAAGAGGAGGAGGAGGAGGAAGGAGCAGCGUUGGUCUACGCCGUGGGGACAGAGGGUGACCUCGGCCUGGAGCAGCCGUGACGUGGUGGCACCGGGACAAGAUGGUGACCUCAGCCUGGAGCAGCCAUGACGUGGUGGCACUGGGUGGUGGCACCAGGACAGACAGUGACCUUGGUGAUGUGGUGGCACUGGGUGGUGGCACCAGGACAGAUGGUGACCUUGGUGAUGUGGUGGCACCAGGACAGACGGUGACCUCGGCCUGGAGCAGCCGUGCCGUGGUGGCACCGGGUGGUGGCAUCACCAGGAACCUGCUGGGACACUGGAAGGGGGGGGGGGUUACCCCUCCUUGAGGACACUCUGGUGUCACCCAGAUGCCACCCCAGGGGGAGGGGACACUUUAUUUUUCUAUUUUAAGGU